GAGCUCACUUUCAUUUCUAGUGUAAAGUUACAAAGUUGUUUGCGUGGCCAACAAGAUGGCUGAAGAUGCCCUGUUUGCCAGUGAUUACGAUGAUCUGUGUCGUCUGUGUGAGGAGGAAGAAGAACAGAGAGGUUACUGUGGAUACAGACACGCAGAGCAAGAAGAAGAGAGGAAAGGAAACAGUGAUGAAGAAGAAAGUGUGAAGGAAGAACUGAAAGACGAGGUGUCACACGAGUUAAAGACGGACGUUGAGGUGAAAGAAGAGGGCAGACCUGAGGAACACUGGACAAUCGAUCAAGAAUCUGAGGAUGGGAAAACAGAGGACAAAGGAGGUGAACAUGAUGUUGGACCCAAAAACACAGACGAACACAAAAAGGAGGAUUUUGUUUCAAUUUACGAGAUGUAUAAAAGCAAACAAGACACAAAUGAAGAUCUGCCUGAAUGUUCUGCAGUUGGUUUAGAAGAUAACGAAACAAAAACAGAUUAUGAUGAUCACAUGACCACCGAUUUGGUGGGGGUCCCACCUUUGGAGGAGGACUGUAUCCUGCAGAUGGGCCCUGAUUGUACCAUAGACUUUGUGAUGGUGUGUGAGCAGUCCGUGGAGAGGUGCAUGAGCGAAGAGUGCCCCCCAAAGUCUUCAAAUCUACCCCAGCCCCCUAUCGAAUCCCCACACAGUCCUUUAACUAUCACGUUACCACCUCCAAAUCAUCCCACAUUGCCACUUACUUUUCAGCCCCAGCCAGCACUCCAAGCUCAAGUCCCAACACAGGCUUUAUUUGAGGCCCCAUGCAUGAGGAAACGACCAUAUGACAGCAGCCCUCUUGUAGAGCCCCAAGCCACGGUGCCAUCCACAGGACAGGUGGAGGUGAGGCUGAGGAAUGUGUACACCACACGGCGGUACACACGCUUCACCAGCAGAACGGCACCGAUGCUGCAUCUGCAGUCUGUUAGUGGAGAGACCAGCACACAUACUUUACCCUCCAUCAGCUCUGAUGCGCCAUUGAUGCCUCCAAUGAUGCCUCCAAAGAAGAAAACACGCACUUUCUACAGCACUGAUCAGUUGGUGGAGUUGGAGCGCGUUUUUCAGGACGAUCAUUAUCCUGAUGGAGACAAGAGGAAGGAGAUCGCAGCCGCUAUCGGCGUUACGCCACAGAGAAUCAUGGUGUGGUUUCAGAAUCGUCGCGCAAAGUGGAGGAAGACAGCAAAGACCACAGCAAAAAGGGUUCCUAGUCGAGGUCAACCUUUUAUCCAAGUCAACAGGCCACCAAUUUUCACAGGUCCUGCUGUUGCACCUCCACAUCCUAAGCCUGGAAACACACUUCCACCCUACAGUACCAUCCUGACCAGCUGCACUAGUCCACCAGGUCCAUCUUGUGUUGACAUGGGACCUUGUAUGUCUCAAGGAGGAUUUUUGGAGUACAUGCCCCCUCCCAUGCACAGCCCUCCUCCGAUACGGCGCGCAUCCUUGCCUCUCAUCACUGCAUACAACCCUCCAUCCCACACUGUGUCUCUGCUACUGGACACACCUGAACACAGCGAGGUCAGCUCGACAGACACAACUCAACUGGGCCUGCAGACUGAUCCUGGGUUUGACUAUGACAGCUUGAGCUCCUCUAUAAAACUGGACUACAUGACCUCUGCCCCUCCAAACAACUCCCUUAAUUUCCAGCUCAACACAUUCCCUCAGCAGUCCAACACUUUAUUAACACAGCAAACCAACACUCUUCUGUCUCAACAAACAAACACACUGUUACCCCAGCAAACCAGCUGUCUCAUACCCCAACAAAACAACACUUUAUUGCCCCAGUACUCCCACCUGUCCUACCUCACACCCUCUCCCUACCUCACACCCAACCCCACUGAGGGCAGCAGCACUCCGUACCUUCCCAUCACCACAGGCACUAACAAUACUCUGCCCGUGUACACCAGCAGUGGGCACGCCUACCUCCAGUCUCAAACUGGCAACCAGAUGCUUCUGCAAUCUGGAGUUCAUGCGUUUCAGACCCACCCUUGGACCACCGAUGUGUACAGUCAGUCGGGUCAGUUUACACAGACGUUGUUUCGGCCACAGUUGUCAUCACAGGGUCAUGAGGGCCACUACCACCAGCUGCUACCCCAGCAACAUUAUGUUCAGCUGCAAGAAGUGCCUCAGUCCAGCCUAUCCAAAGCCACCCCUGACCCCCUGCUGCCCAAUAUCAAGGCAGAAUCUGAAGACACAGGACACAGCCAGGCAAUCAGAGUCAUCGAAGCAGAGCCCACUUUUCAUUGUGAUUUCUCACCAAUUCACUUCUAAUAACAGCAGGUUACUGACUGCGAAGAUGCCCAGGCAAUAUUUUUAUUUCUUUACAUGUUUGUCUUAUGUUUUUGCUGUGGCAUGCUGGCUCUAUUAAAGUGCUCUGUGUUUGAACUCUG